GUAAAGAUUAUUGUUUGAUUUUCAUUCUUACUCUGGUUGACGGAGGAGAAAGUUGAAACAGUAUUUUGGAACCCAAAAUUGGGCCUCGAAGCACCGAAAUUAGCCACUAGUGCUACCCUUUCCUUCUCUUCAGGUGUUGGUUUUAAAUGGCUAUAACCACCUCUUCUGAAGUGGAAUCACCUAGGAGGAGGUCUGGUCUAUUAAGAGACCAAGUUCAGUUGGUUAAAAGAAAGGAUUCUGAUCGUUUUGAGAUUGUUCCAGUUCAAGAUACUCUUUCGUUUGAGAAAGGAUUCUUCAUAGUCAUACGGGCGUGCCAGUUGUUGGCUCAGAAGAAUGAGGGGAUUAUUGUUGUUGGAGUUGCUGGUCCAUCUGGAGCUGGUAAAUCUGUCUUCACUGAGAAGAUUUCGAACUUUCUUCCCAGCAUUGCAGUCAUAUCAAUGGACAAUUAUAAUGAUGCUAGCCGCAUUGUUGAUGGGAAUUUUGAUGAUCCACGUGUGCCGGAUUAUGAUACAUUGCUUGAGAAUAUUCGCGGUUUAAGGGAAGGAAAGCCUGUUCAAGUCCCUGUGUAUGACUUUAAGUCUAGUUCUCGCAUUGGUUACAGGACAAUUGAAGUUCCUAGCUCCCACAUUGUGAUCAUUGAAGGUAUUCAUGCCUUGAGUGAAAAGCUUCGGUCUCUACUCGAUCUCCGAGUCUCUAUUACUGGUGGAGUACACUUUGACCUUGUCAAGCGAGUUUUAAGGGAUAUCCAACGUGCUGGCCAACAGCCUGAAGAAAUUAUUCAUCAGAUCUCUGAAACGGUUUAUCCGAUGUACAAAGCUUUUAUUGAGCCGGACCUACAAACAGCACAUAUAAAAAUUAUUAACAAGUUCAACCCUUUCACUGGAUUUCAGAAUCCCACGUAUAUUUUGAAGUCAACGAGUAACAUUGCUGCUGAGCAGAUAAAGGAAAUCCUUUCUGAGCAGCACAAGGAAAUUACAGAGGAAACCUAUGAUAUUUAUCUUCUACCACCAGGUGAAGAUCCGGAAGCAUGCCAAUCAUAUCUAAGGAUGAGAAACAAGAAUGGGAAAUACAAUCUUAUGUUUGAGGAAUGGGUUACGGAUAGUCCAUUCAUUAUAUCACCAAGGAUAACUUUUGAAGUGACUGUUCGUCUUCUUGGAGGACUAAUGGCUUUGGGUUAUACCAUUGCAACUAUUUUGAAAAGAAGAAGUCAUGUGUUUUCAGAUGAGAAAGUAUGUGUGAAAAUUGAUUGGCUGGAGCAACUUAACAGAAAGUAUGUCCAGGUACAAGGAAAAGAUCGGUUGUACGUCAAGUAUAUUGCCGAUCAACUAGGUUUAGAUGGCUCAUAUGUUUCUCGAACAUAUAUUGAACAAAUCCAGUUGGAGAAGCUUGUGAACGAUGUUAUGGCGUUACCUGAGGAUCUGAAAACAAAGCUUAGCAUAGAUGAUGACAUGGUAUUAUCAAGCCCUAAAGAGGCUCUUUCACGUGCCUCUGCAGACAGGAGAAUUAAGUAUCUGAAUAGUGGUCUGUCACAUUCAUUUUCUACACGAAACAAGAACCUCUCUAAGCUUCCUAAGCUUGAUGUAAAUGAUAGACGAUUUGAUGGAAGAGGUCAUGAUUCACAGGCAUCACUUGCAAAUCAGGGAAUUAUUAACCAACUUUCCGAGCAGAUCUCUAUGCUGAAUGAGAGAAUGGAUGAAUUUACAUCUCGGAUAGAAGAACUGAAUUCCAAGUUUUGCAACAGGAAAGUCUCUUUAAGCCAGCAAAAUCUAGCUUUGCAAGCUGAAGCCUGUAAUGGCGUUGCCCCCACUGCUCUCUUCAUGACUAGCUUAAGCAAUGGUUCAAUGCUACCCCAUUCUUCAUCAUCUUCUCAAUUAGUGAAGGAGUCUCCACUCAUGGAAGAGGUAGUCCUUAUAGCAAGGUCACAGAAUCAAAUAAUGCACCAAAUUGACAAUCUAACCAAGCUUCUACACGAGUCCUUGGGGGGGAAGUUGUCUCGACAAGAAAGAACGGAGAGGAGGAAAAUUGAGGAUAUCAACGCCAUUAGCCUCUCCUCCCUUUUCUUGUCCUUGGCAGUUGGUGGCCUUGCCAUCUUCUAUUUCAGGUCUCAAUCAACCCAAAAAUGAUAAUGUGAUUAAUACAUACAUAAUAUAUAAAUAAACACAAGUAUAUACAUAUCUUUGUUGUCUAUUUAAAAUCGGGUUCUAUCUCGUACCCCCAAAUACUUACUGUUAAAAGUCUAGACUCUAAAUGUUCGACCUUUAAUGUGGUGUGAUGUUCUUUAAUGUGGUGAUUGUUAUCAUGUUAUGCUAGCUGUUGAUUCUCCCCAAAGAUGUCAUUUUUUUGACAGACC